ACUUUUUACUCUGCUUCAUUUGUUUUAAAAAAAUGAUUCUCGACUUGAGUAUACUACUGCAUUUGCAUGCUCCUAAAUUUCUGUAUCUGCCGGCCUCCUUUAUCUCACGCCUCUUCUCUUCUGUGAUCCCAAGAUCCGCUUCUUCCUCCUCUUCUGUUGUGCAUUCCGAACAAACACUAACCACAUCUCCUCCUCUCUCCCGCAACUCUGAUCAGAUGCUACCGCACUGUCCCAAAUUCAUCACUCCACCUCACAUUUUGAGUGAUCCUCUAAAAACUACGGCUUGAUCGUACCAUACCAUAAUCAAGGCUUUCGAUCCCUGAGGCAUGGCGAUCAAGGGCAACUCGGGCGAGUCCAAGGCGCGGAGCCCGGUGGCCAUAGUGGCCGCCGUGGUCCUGUGCUGCUUCUUCUACAUCCUGGGCGCCUGGCAGCGCAGCGGCUACGGCAAGGGCGACCGCAUCGCCGUCGCCAUCACCCACCAAACCGCCGCCCCCUGCUCCAUUUCCUCCUCCACCCCUUCCUCCAACCUCAGCUUCGACACCCACCACACCUCCCCCAAUUCCACCGCCGCCGCUCCGCCAUUACCGCCCUUCCCUCCCUGCCCCGCCUCCCUCUCCGACUACACCCCGUGCCACGACCAGGACCGCGCCAUGAAGUUCCCCCGCAAGAACAUGGCCUACCGCGAGCGCCACUGCCCCGGCCCCGAGGAAUCCUCCGCCCGCCUCCGGUGCCUCAUCCCGGCGCCGUCCGGGUACGUGACGCCGUUCCCGUGGCCCAAGAGCCGGGACCUGGUGCCCUACGCCAACGCGCCCUACAAGAGCCUCACGGUGGAGAAGGCGGUCCAGAACUGGGUCCGCUACGAGGGCGCCGUGCUCCGCUUCCCCGGCGGCGGCACCCAGUUCCCCCGCGGCGCCGACGCCUACAUCGACCAGCUCGCCACAGCCAUCCCCUUCCCCUCCGGCGCCGUCCGCACCGUCCUCGACACGGGAUGUGGCGUCGCCAGCCUGGGCGCCUACCUCGACUCCCGGGGCGUGGUCGCCAUGUCCUUCGCGCCCAGGGACUCCCACGAGGCGCAGGUGCAGUUCGCGCUGGAGCGUGGGGUUCCGGCGUUCAUCGGCGUUCUGGGGUCAGUCAAGCUGCCGUUCCCGGCGUCGGCGUUCGACAUGGCGCACUGCUCCCGGUGCCUGAUUCCCUGGGCCGGCAAUGGCGGGAUGUACAUGAUGGAGGUGGACCGAGUGCUCCGGCCCGGGGGUUACUGGGUUCUCUCCGGCCCGCCGAUCAACUGGAAGGCGAAUUACAGGAAAUGGGAGAGGACGGAGGAGGAUCUUGCUGGGGAGCAGGCGAGGAUCGAGGAGUACGCGAGGAUGUUGUGCUGGGAGAAGGUCGCCGAGAUGGACGAGAUCGGCGUCUGGCGGAAGCGGCUCGACACGGCGGCGCCAUGCCCGGACCGGCCAGCCAACGUCCGGCUCUGCGACACGCCCAACCCCGACGACGUCUGGUACAAGAAUAUAGAGACGUGUGUGACGCCGACCACGGCGGCCAUCGGAGGCCAGCUGGAGCCGUUCCCGGCGCGGCUGAAGGCCCUCCCGCCGCGGAUAGCCGCCGGGGCCGUGCCGGGGUACACCGCCGAGUCGUACGAGGAGGAGAACCGGCAGUGGGAGAAGCAUGUCAGGGCGUACAGGAAGGUGAACUACAGGCUGGACUCGGAGCGGUACCGGAACAUCAUGGACAUGAACGCCGGCGUGGGCGGCUUCGCGGCGGCCGUCUUCUCGCCCAAGUCGUGGGUCAUGAAUGUCGUGCCCACUGCCGCUGAGUUCGCCACCCUUGGCGUGAUCUAUGAGAGGGGCCUCAUCGGCAUCUACCAUGACUGGUGUGAAGCAUUCUCCACUUACCCAAGGACAUAUGACCUCAUCCAUGCCAAUGGAGUCUUCACCCUCUACAGGGACAGGUGCAAGAUGGAGGACAUCCUGCUGGAGAUGGAUAGGAUUCUGCGGCCCGAGGGCACAGUGAUCCUCCGGGACGACGUCGACGUGCUGCUGCAGGUGCAGAGGGUGGCGACCGGUAUGCGGUGGAAGAUGAUGAUGGCGAACCAUGAGGACAGCCCGCACAUCCGAGAGAAGGUGCUCUACGCUGUCAAGCGGUAUUGGACCGUCGACAGCGAUAAGGUCUCAGAAGAGAAGAAGCGAGGCCCUUCGGAGGGAAAGGAUUCGGAGGCAUGAAAUGGUCAGUGAGCCGAGCUGAGGCUGGUGUUCAGGACUCAGGAGGCAACCAGGGAGCAGCAGGAUUUGGGGGUAGGCAUGUGAUUACUUCAAGUUAUUGUGGGGAUUUUUAGAGGGUAGCAGGGUCAUGAACAGGUGCAUUUCUUCUAGGAGUAUUACAUUUCGUAGGAUGGACAAUUCUUUUUUUUUUCAGAAAGUAGAAUGAACAAUUGGACUUAGCAUUUCUGCCUGAGUGUAACAGAUUUCAGAAAUGUGUUAUUACACUCACAAUUUGCAUUUGUUGAUAUUUUCUCAAUUGUGAAGACUGUAACAGUUAUCAAUAAGAACACCUGGGGAACAUACAAGGGUGA